AUGACUGCUUCAACUUCAGAUAUUGCUCAGUGGCUUAAAACAUGGUUGAUAUUCAUCACUUAUGGUAGUCAAAAUUUAGGCUAUUUAUCAGGUGAUAUAGACAAUUCAUUAGAACCGCAUACAAUCUCAUUAUAUUUUCCAAUGUUAGGUUAUACAAAUUUAGAAUUUUCGCCUGAUUUAUCUGGUCAUUAUAUUGAAUUAAAGUCAAGUGUUAAAAAUAUUAAUUUUGUAUUAAUUGUUAAUUUAACAGCACAUAAUUUAGAUAUGGUUGAUGAUAAAUUUCAAAUCUUAUGGAAAUAUUCAACAAGAACAGUUCCAGUCAGCUUUAAAUUAAAUGCGCAUAGACAACCAAUAUUAGAUUAUCAUUUUUAUAAAUUUACUAAUGAGAAUAAAUUAAAUCAUGAAUUAUAUUUUAAUUUAUUAAACGGUCAAUCUAAAAUAUUAUAUGUAAUAUUUCAUGCAACAUAUCAUAGUGAAAUAAUUGGAAGGCAUCAGUUUACUGUGAUUGAUUUGAAAACGCUGAAUUCCUAUACGACAAUAGUGAUAAAUGUUAAGGAUAAGAACAUUUCAAACAAGCUGAAUGAGCAUAAAAUCAUUUGUAAUGGUAAUAUACACUUUUGUUCCCUUAUAUAUAUGGCUGAUACAAAUACAAUAUGUCAACGUGAUGACACAUCUGCAUUCAACGGAACGAUAGGUCUAUGGGAGAACAUAUCUUCUCAAAAAAGUUAUAAUCAAUACUUAUUGGCGGCAUUCUCUAGCUUAAUUGGUGUAUCACUUAUUUCUGUCAUUUGUUUAAUUGGAUAUUAUGCUAGAAAACUGGGCAAUAUUAUACCUCGUAGAACUGCUUUAAGGGCAGCUCAGAUAAUUGUUUAA